AUGGCUUCAAACACGCCCAAGACGCCAUCUUCUGGCGCCUCGCCAGGGAGCCUUCAUCGGCCUCAUAACCCCGCAACUACCGGGAGGCAAGUAGGCCACGCAACAAUUCCCCACGACCGACCCGUGGCGCUCAUGACUUCAGGCGCUCCUCUGCUAAAUCCACGUAGCUGCGUUACCUGUCGCAGGCGCAGAGUCCGAUGUGACAAGACGAUGCCCUGUAGCAACUGUCGGCGGGCUCAAUGUGAUUGCAUCUACCCUGCUCCGGGCCGCGCACCACGUCAGACGCGGCUUGCGCCUACAGGUACUGCUACAGGUCAGAGUGAGCGUGAGAUCGAUCUCUUGGAUCGAUUACGGAAGCUUGAGGGGCUUGUUCACGAGAUGAGUGGUCAAGGUGCAGCUAGUGGGAAUGACAUGGAAGUGAGCAAUGGAGAAUCACCACUAGCUUCAGAAAAGAACAAGAGUGCAAAGGAUGUCGUUCAAGCAGCCACUGAGAAAGUCAAGAGAGAGUCUGAGAGCACCGAUUUCUCAAAGAUCAAUAAACAGCUUGGCCGUUUAGUACUCCAUGAUGGAGACUCCACGCCGCGAUACGUCAAUAGUGGCUUCUUCGUCAAGCUCAACGAUGAGCUCGCUGAAAUCCGCAACGAGAUGGAGACUAUGAACGAGGAAGAAGCCGAGUUUGAAGAUGAUACGACUCCCGAGCAGUCCCCUCCACAGAACCUGGGCCUUCAUCCGUUGCCCGCGCAAGGCUCUUUCCUUUGGCAGAUCUAUCUCGAGAAUAUUGAACCUCUUGUCAAGGUGUUGCACAUUCCCACCAUGAGCAGACUCAUGACUCAAGUGAGGCGUGGAGAGCAUGAUCUGCGUCCUGGAGAUGAAGCGCUUGUGUUUGCCAUCUAUUAUUCAGCUGUGACUUCGAUGGAGCCACAAGAGGUUGAAGCAAAUCUCGGCGCAUCUCAAUCUCACUUCAUUUCUCAAUUUCGUUUCGCUCUUGAACAAGCUCUAGCCAAAUCUAAUCUUCUCAACACCACCAACAUGGCUAUGCUGCAAGCAUUUGUUAUCUAUCUCACCGUAGUCAAAUGUCACGAUGAUAGCAAAUUCGCUUGGACGCUUACCAGUCUCUGUGUCCGAAUGGCUCAAGCCCUUGGUCUCUACCGCGAUGGUCAGCAGCUUGGCCUCUCACCGUUUGAGGUUGAGAUGCGCCGUCGUCUUUGGUGGGCCAUUGUGUCUCUUGACGUCCGUUCUGCUGAGGAAAUGGGGUCUGAUCUGAUCAUAGGCGACAAGACCUUUGACACUCAACUCCCAGCAAACAUAAACGACGCUGAUAUUGACCCAUCGUUUACCGAGACACCAACCCCUCGUCAAGGCCGCACUGACUCCGCCAUCUGCCUCUCACGUUACGAGAUCACCGCCCUGUCUCGAGGCUUAUUCACAGCCAUAGCGCAAAUGCGUCCUGUUGAUCCUAAAGAGAUAGAAAAAAGCCUUGAAGAGCGCGAGCGCAUGCUAGUUGAAGUCUACGAACGCAUGGAGGAUAAGUUUCUGAAACAUCUUAUGAGGGAAGAUGACCCUAUUUUCUGGGUCGCUUCUCUUAUUUCUAGAAUCAUGAUGGCAAAGGUUGGUCUCAUCAUAUAUCAGCCUGUGCUAUUCCCCGGGACGGGCCUGGAGGUAUCAUACGAGAUCCGAAGCCGGUUGUGGCAGUCUUGUAUUGAGAUCGUUGAGUACAGCCACAUUCUCAAUAUUGACCCCAGCUGCAGGCAAUGGCGCUGGCUGUUCAAGUCCUACCGUCAAUGGCACGCAAUCGCAUGCAUGCUGCUGGAACUCUCGAAACGGCCUUGGGGUGUCACCUCGGAGCGAGCAUGGGAAGCUGCCCAAAUUCUCGACUACGAUCACCCAAUCGAUGGCAGCAACAACACAAAUCAUACUGCUGCAUGGAUGCCUAUUAAAAGGCUCUUCACUAAAGCCAAACGACAUCGUGAAUCAGAACUUGUUCGGUUACGCGCUGAUCCUGAGGCAGCGAGACGUCUCGAUCGUGAGGAGAGAAUCAAACCUGUACUGGAACGUAUUGGUCCUGCGCCCGGAAUGGAGACCCGCAUGUCAGAACUCCGAGCCCGAUGGCGAAAGAUAUUUCGGCCGGGAGACUUCUCCGAUGAUACCGUGUACCACAGCAUUUUACCCAGCGCAGAUCAACCUGCGUCCCUUCCGCAAACCCAGCAACAGGCCCAACAGCCACUCGACCAAAUGAGUGUAUUCGACCCUAACACCUGGCAAAACAUUCACUCGGGCAAUCCAAACAUUUCCAUAUACUACGAAGGGGUUGAUUCUGGAGCGCAGAACAUGGGUGGUCUUUUCCCAGGGGAUGGUAGCCUUGGAAGUCUCUCAAGCAUUGCAUCGCCCGCCAUAUCAGGGACUGCAUCUACACAUAGGAACGACAACGAUCGUCAAGCACUUGGAGGUGCUCGCCUAUCACCAUGGCCAGUUUCAGAUAUAUUUCAGCACACGCAAGAUCCAGGUGCUCUCGGUGAUAUCGAUGAGCUUUUACAAAACAGAGCCGGGCCCAAUCCUGGACUCGACCUAAAUAUGGAUCCUGGCGAGGUUGAUGAUAUCGAUUGGCGGAACUGGGAUGAGACUUUAAGGACUUUGAGUAGGCCUACGAUGGAUCAAAUGGGUGCGGGUGCCGGUAGUUGGGGUGGCAUGUGA